GAAAUGCUGGAUAACGAAGAAAGUUGAAAAACUUUCGAAUGGGAUACAAAUUAAUCAUCAUGCUUAUCGUGAUCUGGUUAAAUCUAAUCGCAGUUACAUUGAUGUGUAACGCUGCAGCGCGUCCGAAUUUUUUAUUAAUUAUUAGUGAUGAUCUGAGAACUGCUUUGGGACGUUACGGUGACGUCAAUGCACACACGCCCAACAUAGAUGCUUUGGCUAAAGACAGCAUUGUUUUUACCGAAGCAUUUGCGCAGCAAGCUUUGUGCGCACCUAGUAGAAAUUCAUUUCUGACGAGUAAGAGACCGGAUACCCUUCAUCUUUACGAUUUUUAUAGUUAUUGGCGCAAUACAGUUGGAAAUUAUACUACAUUGCCACAGCAUCUGAAAGACAAUGGAUAUACUACAAUGUCCAUAGGGAAAGUAUUUCAUCCAGGUAUAAGUUCGAAUGGAUCCGACGACAGUCCUUAUUCAUGGACCGAUGAGCCUUUUCAUCCAUACACAAAUCGAUAUAAAAACGCACCUGUCUGUAAGACAACAUCGGAAUCAGAAGCAGCAAUAAAUCUCAUAUGCCCGGUAGACGUCCCGACAAUGCCAAAUCAAACAUUACCCGACAUUGAAAUAUUACAACAAGCGAGAAAAUUUAUACGUGAACACAAGGAAGAUUCUAAUCCUUUUUUCCUAGCUGUCGGCUUCCAAAAACCGCAUAUACCGUUGAAGUAUCCUGAACGCUACUUAAAAUAUCAUCCGAUAGAAAAGUUUGAAAUACCCAAGCCAUAUCUGUGGCCAAAAAAUGUGAGUAACGUUGCUUACAAUCCCUGGACUGAUCUUCGAUGGAGGAAAGACGUGGCAAAAUUGAGACUGAAAUUUCCGUGGGACAAAAUACCAGAGAGAUUUGGCAAGCUAAUUAUCCAAUCAUAUUAUGCAGCUGUAUCUUACGUUGAUAAUAUGAUCGGCAAGCUUAUACAUCAGCUACGUGCCUCGAGGAUUCGAGAGAAUACUAUCAUUAUAUUAACAUCCGAUCAUGGUUGGGCGCUUGGAGAGCACGCUACUUGGUCUAAGUACAGUAAUUUUGAUGUCGCGGUACACGUGCCCUUAAUAAUAUCGAUCCCGGCACUCACGUUUGAUAAUGAUUAUGCUAAAUCCGUUGAUGAUAUGAAGAUGAGCGAAACUGGAAAUGAAACCAACUCAAAGCACAUGAUAGAUAUUAAGGAACUUAACGUUUCAACGGAUAGAUAUAGAGGAUCAUCUUCUAAGCAAAGAAUUUGUCAGGUCACCGAUGCUAUUGUAGAACUGGUCGAUAUAUUCCCAACGAUCGCGGAUUUGGCGGGUAUUCCCAUACCGAUAUGCCAAGUUAACAACACAGGCCAUCAGUCACGUUCGAGAAAUGCAUUUACUUAUCAAGAGGAACCGACCGACCCUUGCAGCGAAGGUAUCUCGCUCGUACCACUCAUAAAAGACACAUUAAAGUGUCAGAGCGUAUCUUGGAAAAAGGCGGCGUUUAGUCAGUACCCGAGACCGGGAAUUCAGCCUACGCUCCAUCCAAACAGCGACAAGCCGCAUUUGAGGGAGAUAAAAAUAAUGGGGUAUACUUUAAAAACCAAUAAUUACCGUUACACCGCGUGGGUGCCGUUUGCACACGAAACGUGCAAACCUAACUGGGACAUUAUCAUUGCGGAAGAAUUGUAUGAUCAUAGAACUGAUAGGAGAGAAAGUUUUAAUAUAGCAUUUCUGCCGAAAAUGAUAAGCACAAAAAAGUAUCUCAGAUCAUUGUUGAGAAAUGGAUGGAGAAAUGCUCUUCCGACAUACUAAACCUUAAUAUCUAUAACAUUAUGUUAAACAGUAUUCAAGAUGCGUAUAUAAAUCUCUUAAAUGUUUAUCGUAAUCAAUGAAUUAUAAUAAAUAGUUCAUAUGUGUUAUUACAUAUUUCUAAGUGUGCUAAUAAUCGAUUAUAUAACAUAGUUUAUUACAAAAGACCAAAAAUUUUUAUAAAAUACGCUUGUAAUAUAUAUGUAAUAUGUAGGAAAACCUUGUUUUACACAAUUUCAAAGUAUAACUUUAAACUAAUUGUGGUAUUUCUAUUUAGUAAAUUAAAACGUUUAUACUGACAUUUUCAAAGUAAUAUAGCAUAAUGAAUGUAAUAUGAAUGUAAUAUCAGUUAACAGCAAACAAUAUUUUAAAUAUCUCAGCAGCAAUGAAAUCUCACUUAACAAUAAAUAUGGUAGCGAAAUUAUUUGUUUAGCUCUUGAUAACGAGAUUAUAUUACGACAUAACAACAGGUAGGUAUUACGGGGAAGAUUUUUAUCUCGGAAACCAACGACAUUCCAACGGUUCUUAGAAAAUGAGAAAUGAUAAACUAUAUAAUAAUUGUUCAAUCAAAACGCAAGACAAAUGCGAAAAGAACUCGCGAAGCAAAAGUGAUGUAUGUAUAUAGUAUGCGUAUAGUAGUAUGCGUAUCACAAAUAUCUAGAAAGUAAAACACUAUGUACAUCUAAUAACUAAUGGUACAAAUUCAAUAAUUGUACUUUAAUAAUAGGUUAAAAUAUAUGAUGUACGAUGUUUAUCUAUAUACCUUGCACAAGUCUUGCUAGUCAUAAGAUACUGCAUUUUGUGAUAUACUGAUCUAUUUGACUGUAUCAUGCCGCAUCGCAUCGUCUGUACAGUAGAAUUUUGAAAAUAUAAAAUGUAUAACA